CAUUCUUUCCCUCCUCUCUCUCUCUCCUUUCCCCCUAAAACGAACUCCUCAAACUGAUCGAUAAUCAGCCGGAUCGAUAUCUGCAGUGAAGAGAAGAAAUGAGCGAGGAGACGAAGGGGACCCGGAUCUGUGAGCAGAACUUCUGACAGCUGAGCUCCUUCGGCUCUGCCUCAGUCCCCUCUCUGAUGAGACGAUGAGAACUCACACCCGCGGGGCCCCCACAGUCUUCUUCAUAAGUCUGCUGUGGCCCCUGCUGGCCCCGGCUGCAGCGGCGGAGGUGGACCCCAGCGGUGGAAUCCCCUUCAUGGGAGGAAACUACGAUGGUCACCCCAUGCUGUACUUCAGUCGGGGGGACGUGGAGGAGCUGCAGUACGCUGCCACGGGGACUCAUCGGGACAUGGCGAGGAGGAUCCGGGAGGCUGGGGAGACCAUGCUGGAGCACCCUGAGGAGUACCUGCCCCCCUGGAGCCCUGCGGAGUACAGCGCUCGCUGGAAUGAGGUGUAUGGAAACAACCUGGGGGUGCUCUCCAUGUUCUGCCUGCUGUACCCGCACAGGGCCGGGGCCCUCGACCUCGCCAAGGACUACAUGGAGAGGAUGGCGGCUCAGCCUAGUUGGUUGGUCAAAGACGCGCCCUGGGAUGAGGUUCCUCUGGCGCACUCGUUGGUCGGGUUCGCCACCGCCUAUGACUUCCUGUACGAGUACCUGAACAAAGGCCAACAGGAGCGCUUCCUCCAGGUGAUCGGCAACGCGUCACGCCUCAUGUAUGAGAAGUCGUACGUGAGAGGAUGGGGGUUUCAGUAUCUGCACAACCAUCAGCCCACCAACUGUGUGGCCCUGCUCACAGGAAGCCUGGUCUACAUGACUCAAGGUUACCUGCAGGAGGCAUACCUGUGGUCCAAGCAGGUCCUGUCCAUCAUGGAGAAGUCUAUGAUCCUCCUACAGGAUGUCACGGAUGGCUCCCUGUAUGAAGGAGUGGCCUACGGGACUUACACCACCCGCUCUCUGUUCCAGUACAUGCACCUGGUGCAGCGCCACUUCGCCAUCGGACACUUUGACCACCCGUGGCUCCUCAAACACUUCGCCUUCAUGUACAGAACCAUCCUACCAGGAUUUCAGAGGACUGUAGCCAUCGCAGAUUCAAACUACAACUGGUUCUACGGCCCAGAGAGCCAGCUGGUCUUCUUGGACCGUUAUGUGUUGCGUAACGGCAGUGGAAACUGGCUGGCAGACCUGAUUCAUCAGAACAGGGUGAUCGAGGGGCCAGGACAGGCUGGGAAAGGACAGAGAUGGUGUACCCUCCACACAGAGUUCAUCUGGUAUGAUCCCAACCUGAUCCCCAAGCCUCCGUCAGACUUUGGCACACCUCGACUCCACUACUUCGAGGACUGGGGUGUAGUGACAUAUGGCAGUGCUUUACCUGCAGACACCAACCGCUCCUUCCUGUCCUUCAAGUCAGGGAAGCUGGGAGGGCGAGCGAUCUACGACAUCGUCCACAAGAACAAAUACAAAGAGUGGAUUAAAGGGUGGAGGAACUUUAAUGCCGGCCAUGAGCAUCCUGAUCAAAACUCUUUCACUUUUGCACCAAAUGGAGUCCCUUUCAUCACCGAGGCGUUGUACGGGCCCAAGUACACUUUACUGAACAAUGCAGUGUUGUUUGGUUCAGACUCGUCAGGGAGCUGUUUCAAACCGUGGAGUGGACAGGUCACUGAAGUCUGCGACUCAAAGUGGUUAAGGUACAAGGUUGGGCUGGCUGCUGACACCCAGGGACGAGUGGAAGCAGCUCUAGAGAGGCAGGGAAUGGUCUUCAUCCGUGGAGAGGGAAGUUCGGCUUACUCUCCUGAGCUGAAAGUCAGAAACUUCCAGAGGAACUUGCUCCUUCUUCACCCGCAGCUCCUGCUCCUGGUGGAUCACAUCCACCUGGAUCCAGAGAGCCCAACCAGAGCCAUGAGUGCCUUCUUUCACAACACAGAGCUACCGUUCCAGGGCACAAAGAUAGAUGGUGUUCAUGGAGCAUUUGUAAGUCAUGGUGAGGACAGAUAUAAGAUGUUCUGGAUGGACGACACAGGUUUCAGUCACAAAGGAGUGGCUGGUUAUUGGAAUUACCCUCGAGGGUACCCGUACAACGGAUCGAACUAUGUGAACGUCACAAUGCCGUUGAGGUACCCUCACUCUAGAGUGGCAUAUAUUUUCUUUGGACCAGGUGUUGAUGUACAGAGUUUUAGUCUUCGAGGAGAUGAUCAGAGGGUAGAUAUCUACCUGGCCACCAAGGACCACACCUACACCAUCUACCUGCUGACCAGUGAGGUAACCAGCAAGCCGCUGUUUGCCAUGGUGCUGCAGGACCACAAGAAGAUCGUCUUUGAGAAACCGGCAGCUGCAGCGGAAACAUCACCAGAGGAAGUCGAGGAAUAUGUCAACGUAAUGGACGACAAUCUUCAGCAUGUCAAGCCCGUCUUCCAGCAGAUGGAGCGACACAUCCUGGGACGGGUUCUCAACACUGCCAGCUUCCGUAAGACCGCAGAGCGCCUGCUCCAGUUCUCUGACAAGAAGAAGACAGAGGAGGUCAUUGAGAGGAUGUUUGCGAUGUCAAAGAAGCAGGCGAAGGGUAAAGGGGGGAGGAAAGUGAACCUUGGGGAGAAGCUCUCUGAGAGUCUGCCUGAUCUUUUUGCACAGAUUGAAGUUAAUGAGAAGAAGGAGAGACAGAGGACGUCAAAGCGUACGUACGAGGACAGUCCGGAGGAGGGAGACGCCGACUCUCGGGCCUUUAUGGAUUACCCAGAAGGCCGCAAAAACAGAAAAGGGGCCUUUGUGAAGGGCCGCAAAUUCAAGGAGGUUCAUAUGGUGGCCACAGCGGGGAGCGAGGGGCUCUCCAGCACCGCCUCCUACAUCAGACUCUUCCUCCUCCUCAACACCGCCACCUUCUUCCUGUUGCUGGCUGUGUUACUGACUCGAUUUCAGAGGGGACGGAGCUUGCACACACAGAGAUGUUUCUACACCAUCCUCCUGAUAGACUGCUUCAUCUUACUGUACCUCUACUCCUCCUGCUCACAUACACAGUGCUAACAUCGGGAGCAUGGGGACAGGGGGUCAUCCAACCUCAGAUUUAAAGGGAUAGUUUGGUAGUUUUGAAGUGGGGUUGUAAGAGGUACUUGUCAGUUGAAAAGGCCUUUGCACACUGAGUCUCUUUUCCUUGUCCAAAAUGGUUGCAUGUUAAAAAAGAACUAUGAUCUUAUGUUUGUGCACUAACUCUGAAACUUUCAGCUGUCAUCAUCCCAUUCAGAACAGGUUUGAUUUAAUGCACGAUUUUGCAUCUGCCCAAGUUAUCCAAAUGGGUGACUGACUAUCAAGAACAGUGGCUGCAGCUCCCUUUAUCUCUCUCUCUCUCUCUCCAUUCACACUGAAACUUUACUCCCAGCCCAGUUCAGACCAAAGAUAUGAGACCAGAUGGGUUGGGCCAAUCUGCAGCUUUCUAAAUGCUGACCAGUUCUCUGUGACUAGAGAAGACGAUGCAUUGUUUUGUUGAACUGCUCUGAUGCAUAUAGCACAACACAUUCUGCUUACAUGUGCAGCUGAUGGAGGAGACAGGAGUGUUUAUGGGCUUAAGUUUCCAUUUGAAAAGUUUCUCUGCAUGAAUGAAUAUUCUGCUUUCAGCGAUUAUUUGUUGGCAUUUAUAGCCCAUCUAAAUAAGAUUUCCAUUUCACAUUUACCUGCUUGCAGCAUUCUUAAACCAGCUCCCUGAGGCUUGCUGAGCUGAAUCACAGGCAACAUCACCAGGUGGCUUUAUUUGAACUGCACAGACUGAUUCAGGCAGCUGCGACUCUCACCAACAUCUCGAAGCAUUGCAAUCUUUGGUCUGAACUGGGCUUUAGACACCAUGCUUUACCAAUGUAAUCUGUGGAUACCGACCACCAAACAUCAUAGAUUCAGGCCAAAAUUUGAACUCACAGCCAGAUAACAAAGUGUUUAAAAGUCGCUCUUUCUCUCUUCAUCUUUGCACAGCGCCGUGACACACAAGCUUGUGCCCAUAACCGGAAUAUAUGAAGGUCUCUGUCAAGACACAUGAACCCAUUUCUGCCUUUUUCUUCAAGGGGUCAGAGAGUCAUGAAAUUGUCUUCGGACUCAGUGUGCAAGUUUCAGUUUCAGUGCGUGGUGUUCUAAUCGUAUUUAGGACCCAAAAAUUCUGUCCAAAAUGAACAAACUUGGUGUGCAAAGGCCUUUACAAGUGUCUCAUACAACCCCAUUGAAAAAAAUACCUUAUCAUCCCUUUAAUGCCAUGAUGUCCAUAGUGAACUAAAUGCACCCAAACCUCAGUCUGAGCCGGAUCGUAUAGCAGGGCUGCUCUUAGAGAAAAAUCUUGAGAUUAUAAAGGAUGUCUUCAUUUUAUGUGGUAUGGUUUAGUCAUCAGAUAAAGUGAUAACCAUAGAAAUGGAGAUGCUUCACAUUAGGGGCCCAGGCCUGGGGCCAAGUGUAGUGUUAAGGUCAACAAGUGUAUCAUUGUCUGCUUGUAAAAAUGGCCUUGGGGUAUGUUCAUGUAGACUUGGGCAAGGCAUUGUAAAGAUAGCCAUUGCCAAAGUACUUGUUAGGGGUUGACCUGGCCAAUUUUCAGGGCCAAUAUUCAGCAUUUGGCUGUUUAUCCACAUGGGUGAUUGGCAAUUGCCAAUCAAAUUUUUCAAUCAAAAAGUGUGCUAUUUUGAUUUACUGACUAGUACAAAUGAAAGUCAAUUCUAAAGGUCUCCUGUCUCUCAAAAACAUUGUCUUUGCACAGCCAAAAGUAAUUUCAUCAUCUGAACUGAAUAAUUUCACUUAUUUUGUAAAUUUCUGUAAAGCCAAAUAAUUCAGAUCCAUGUUAAAAAGCUAUUUUAUAAUUGUUUUAACAAAUUACAGACACACAAAGGCUUUUUGUGGUCAUCUAGUUUUGAGUUUUACAGUAGACAGUAGAAAAUAUUGGUCAACUAUCAUCAGCCAAUCAGUUACUGAAGAGGUCUUUUUAGUUCAAUCUGCAGCACCCACCAAAUUGAAAAGGCUGUCUUAAACUUACUUUAGCUGAUGGGGUGUGUUUGCGGCUUCAUGUGUUUCUUCAGCCAGCCUAAGUGGACUCUUAACUGCAGUUUAUAACACUUUAGCAUUGGCUGCAUUGGCUUCAGUGGUUGCCGCUUGGUUCUUUCUUAACAUGACAACCUUUUUGCAUGUGGUUAAGAAACCAUACAUUGCUCACUGUGAGACUGAACUGCUCUUCCACAACAAAGGUUUCAGCUUGUUUUUAAAGCAAAUUUUAUCUUUAAAGUCUGGAUGUUUUUCUCUAAAAGUGGCCCUGAUGCUGUAAAUGAUCUAUGUAUGGGGUGUUUUCAGGAAAACCAGCUGAUUCCAAAUAGGAAUUAAUGAUUUGCCAAGAUGAAACCAGACCACCUCUGAUGUAAACAGCUUCUGUGGAGCUUUAGAAAUCCGUCUGUGUGAAGUUUGUCCGUCGUACCUGCCUGCUAUCAAAGAUCUCAAGGUUAGCCACUAAAAUCCAGCUGCCUCAUCAGGCCUUGAGAUUGUCCUGUCUAUGUACUUCAUUAAAAUACAUCUGAAUGUAUAUAUGUGAAAGCAAGAUAUAUUUUUAUGGUCUGUUUUUUACUAUUUGUAAAUAAAAUAAUUAUGCAUAUGAGUGCA